GUAUAGAUGACGACAUCGGUAUGCCCGUCCGAUCGCGAAUGCCCGCCGCGUCGUCAAUAAUCACAAGUGUUUCGCGUGUCGCGUGUAGGUGCAUCGUGGAACGAUCGGCGAAUGCACGGUCUCUGUGCCGUGGAGGUUAUGUUUUCCGGUUUUGCUUGUAUUUUGAAUUAGUAGCUGCCAAACUGGCUACUCGACCCCGCAACCGCGCGGAACAACGCGAGUAUGACCGUCGUCCGUCGUUGAGUCGCGACGGGAGUGACGUAAGCGUGACACGGAGCGAGUCAUGUGCGAAUUUAAAGUAUGGUUGUCACGCAACGUAAGAUGAAGCAGCUCGCGGUCUUCGCGGUUUGCGCGCUGCUAGUCUUGGGCUUUUAUAAAACUCUGGUGACUACGGAAGAGGAGCGAUCCUUUAAUCGCGGUCGGCAUCGCUCCGUACUCGGGAAUAAAGCUAGCUUAGAUGACAAGAAUGAUCUCAUCGUGGCCGCGACACAAAAAGUUCGCGAUGCCGAGAACGAGCCGUCUGACGGAGAUAUCAGGGACAUCGAGGAGGCGAAGGUUCGGAUUCGCGAGCUGGAGGGUAAGCUCCAGCAUCUGGAGGCGGCGAUUAAGAACGGAGUGGCGAAGGACUUUCCAACGGUGAAGUUUCUGAAUUAUAAAAAUCGGAAGCGAAUACUGGUGACGGGGGGCGCGGGUUUUGUCGGCUCUCAUCUGGUGGACCGUCUGAUGCUCGCCGGACACGAGGUGAUAGUCGUCGACAAUUUCUUCACCGGUAGAAAGCGUAACGUGGAGCACUGGGUCGGUCACGAGAAUUUCGAGCUGGUGCAUCACGAUAUCGUGAGGCCAUUGUACCUGGAGGUCGACGAGAUCUAUCAUCUCGCUAGUCCGGCCAGUCCGCCGCACUACAUGCUGAAUCCCGUGAAGACGAUCAAGACGAACACGUUGGGCACUAUAAACAUGUUGGGACUCGCAAAACGAGUCGGUGCACGAGUGUUAAUUGCGAGCACGUCGGAAGUGUACGGGGAUCCUAACGAGCAUCCACAGGCAGAAACUUACUGGGGUCAUGUAAAUCCCAUUGGUCCACGGGCGUGUUAUGACGAAGGAAAACGGGUCGCUGAGACGUUGAGCUACGCUUACAUGAGACAGGAAGGCGUCUCGGUUCGAGUUGCACGAAUUUUCAACACCUUUGGCCCAAGAAUGCAUAUGAAUGACGGUCGCGUCGUGUCAAAUUUUAUCCUUCAGGCUUUACAAAAUGACUCGAUCACGAUUUAUGGCAGUGGAAAACAGACGCGAUCGUUUCAAUAUGUCUCCGAUCUAGUGGAUGGAUUAGUAGCAUUAAUGGCAUCUAAUUAUACUUUACCUGUAAAUAUUGGAAAUCCUGUAGAGCAUACAAUUGAAAAAUUUGCACGUAUAAUAAAAGAUUUAGUGGGUGCUACCAGUCCGAUAAUUGAACUCGCAGCAGUUGAGGACGAUCCGCAAAGAAGAAGACCAGAUAUUAGCAGAGCUAAAAAAUAUUUGAACUGGGAACCGAAAGUUCCUUUAGCGGAAGGUCUGAAGAAAACUAUAGUGUAUUUCGCGAAAGAAUUGCAAAGGACAAAGCAUUCUCAAAAAAGCAGUUUUAAACAGUCUUCUUAUAAAAAUGAUCAUGAUAUUGUAGAACAACUUUAGGAUCAAGUGUAAUAAAUUAAUGAUAUGAUUAAUGC